AUGAUUGGAUGUGCGUGCUGGUUGGUUCUGUUAACAUUCCUUGCAACAUCUAGUGCAGGUAUUUGGAAGACAGUAAACCGACCAUUUUAUAAACUCACUUUUUACAACACUGCGUAUUCCUGGUCAGAGGCAAAAUCCUUGUGUGGAAGCCGAUCAAGUCUCGUUCAACUUGAUGUUAGCUCUGUAAAAAAUGACGUUCUUAACACAAUCAGCUCUGGAUCCACUUUUUAUUGGAUUGGAGCAACAGAUGAAACCAACGAAGGGCAUUGGAAAUGGAUGGAUAGAUCGUCAGCAUUGAUUACUUGUUGGAAUUCAGGAGAACCAAAUGGGAGAAGAAGUGAAAAUUAUCUCGUCAUUGACAAGAACGGAAAAUGUUAUGAUCAUGGAACAAACUACCACACAGGAGUUAUAUGCAUGGAAAGUCAGUAAACCAAUCAUAUAUAUAUAUGAAAGUUUUACCAACCACUUUCGU